AUGGCAGCACAGUCACUCCCACUCGAAACUCUUUACCAAAUAUUUGGCUACAUUAAUGGCAGCCUAGCUCCAUAUGCGAGUGUCUGUCGUACAUGGCAGAGCGCCGUUGAGAAGCUUACGUUUGCCGACUUGAAUAUCAACUCCUCAAUUCUCGAAGAAUUUGAUCAAAUAACCGGCUCUUCAAAAUCACUCGGGCGAUAUUAUCAUAUCAAGAAAAUAUUUUUCAAGGUUGUACUACCGAAGUACAGUGUUGCCGCUAGGAGUCGCUACGAGAAUGAACAUGACCGCAACCGCAAUAACGAGGCCUUCACGCACGCAAUCGAAUCUCUUUUUCGAAUACUGAGCUCAUGGCCCAAUGAAUGCUGCAAUACAAAGUAUCUAGGGCUCUACUCGCGAUCUCCAAGUGAUUGGCAGGCAGAGCCCGACUGGGGCAAACGUGCCGCCCGACAAAAAACCGGUUGUAUUUUCCCGGAGAGGGACCUUUUAGAGCGGAGAUACGAGCACUGUUAUUUGGGCCUGAUAGAGGAGAGCAAUCUUUCCAAUGUCGAUUGCAUCUCAUCCUUCCGAAUUCCUGGCCAAUAUUCCCAUCGCAAGAUCGCACCGAAAGCUGUAUCGAAGAUGGUAUCCCACCUCCCUCGGCUGCAACAUAUCAAUGUUGCUCUUAAUGAUUGUGAAAGCGAGGACAUUAUGCUCCGUGAUCAACUGCGUAAUGAAUUUACCUUCAACGACUGGCCUCAAUCUUUGCGCCAUCUGAACCUCUCAUACUGGGGACCAACCCCGCGAGAUCAAAGUCUUCCACCUCCCAAAAGAUCAAGCACGGGCAUGGACUCGCUCAGUAUUGCUUUAAAUCAGCUGUCACAGCAGCUAGAAAGUAUCAAGCUUUCACACAUCAUGAUCAGCUCUGAAUUGUUCUGGCCAGCAGGUGCUGGAAAAUCCAUUCUGUUUUGGCCAAAUCUUGUUGCUUUCGAUCUGAGUUAUGAGGCAGCUACAAGUUGCGGCAAAUGGCUUUUUGAACGCGACCCAGCAUGGAAUGAUAAAUGUACUGAGUCCUCGUGCCAUUUUGACUCGCCACAAUCCUGCAAUGAGUUCCGUAUGCUUCCAAACAAACACAUCAAUGACAUCUAUCUUGCUGCUGCAUAUGCCGCUAAAAACAUGCCCCGGCUGAAUCGCAUGAGACUCGAAGCUGAAAUAAGAAGCAGUGUGCCACAUGAACCAAACCCAGUUCCCACUCACAUUUUCCAGUACGAUGUAACCUUGGGUAAAGCGAUUUGGGUGAGCUCCUCGGAAUUUCACAUCGCAGAGGAAGUCAGGAGGGCUUGGAAUACUGUAGCGAAAUCUCAUGGGCACGUUGAGAUAUGUGCUGAGGUAUGCUGUGCCUCACAUCCGGUGUUUUGA